GGAGAUAUAUAAAAGUUGAUGAAGAAAAGAAAAAAAGAAAAUUUAACGUGAUGCACUUAUUUAAAUAAAUUGUUUGAACCUUUAAAAAGAAUUUAGUAAUAUACUUAUAAAGUGAUCAAAAUAUUUAAUUUUAAUGUUUGAGAUCGCCAUUCGAAAAGCAAAAAAAAUAGCAAAGCCAAGGCGAAAUAGAAAUUUGAAUGCAUUAAAAUUAAUAAUAAAAGUACCAAAAUGAUAAUAAAUAAUAGAACAAAUAUUACUUCUAAAUGACUAAAUUAGAACGAUGAUAAAUAUUAUCUCAUGAAAACACAAAAAAAUGAAAAGAGAUGCUUCAAUGAAAACGUAUUAUUUUUAUCAAAAGUGUGACACACGUAGAUUGAUGGCAUGGACAAGCAAAAAACUUAUAAAAAUUUUAGAGACAUUUUUUUACUUUAAUAUUUGGAUAACCCUCCUGAGAAUACAGACUACAUGUGGUUUAAGUCAAAUAGGCUUAAGAGCUGACCCAAGCUUUGCAUCAAGAUCAGAGACUUUAAAAUUUGUAGAUGGAGAAACCAUUACUCUGCCUUGUAAGGUGUUGAAUGUUGAUAACUUUAUAGUAGCGUGGAAACGUGGUAUAGCAAUAUUGUCAGCUGGGACAGUUAAAGUAACACCAGAUCCUAGGGUAAAUCUUUUAGUGCAAAAUGGCGAAUUUUCACUGCAAAUUGAAAAUGCCGGACCACAGGACGCUGGAGACUAUAUUUGCCAAAUCGCAACCUUAGAACCACUAGAAAUUACCCAUACAGUAGAAAUAUUGGUCCCACCAAGGAUACAUCACAUAAGUUCUGGUUCACAUUUACAAAUCAAAAAAGGGUCAGCUGUUAAGAUUGAAUGCGCAGCUUCAGGCAACCCUACGCCAAACAUAACAUGGAGUCGUAAAAACAACGUACUUCCGUCAGGUGAUGAAGUAUUGCGAUCAUCAAUUUUAUCAAUAACAGAUAUGGAUCGCCAUAAAGGAGGAGUAUAUGUUUGCAAAGCUGAAAAUGGAGUGGGUCUACCAGCAUCUUCUCAAGUAGUUUUGCAUGUCUUGUAUCCUCCGGAAAUCGUAUUAGAGGCCCCAGUAGUUUAUUCUGGUGAAGGCGAGGAAGCAAUGCUAGUUUGCCUAGUUCACGGUGAUAAUUUACAGGUGAUUUGGUUUAAAGAUACGAUGCAAAUCGACACAACUGAAAGACACAUUAUGGAAAAUCGUGGAACUCGACACACGCUAAUUAUAAGAAAAGUUCAUCCACAAGAUUUUGGAAACUAUUCAUGUGUAGCUGAAAACACACUUGGAAAGUCCAGAAAAACUUUACAAUUAACUGGGAGGCCAGGCGCAGUAGUUUUUCGUUCACCAACUGUCAGCCAGUUUAAGGAUAAAUAUAAUAUAUCAUGGACCGUGGACUCGUAUGCUCCUGUAGAAGAAUACAAACUAUUUUUCCGAAGGUUGCCAGAUACUCAAACAGAUUUAGAUAAUAGAAUAGAACAGAGUUUUGAGCAUCACCAUCAAUACACCGGUGUUUACCACACGUCACUUCAUCGUGGAUAUAAUGCUCACUGGCCUAGAAAUGAAUGGAGAGAUGUUGUACUACCGGCAGUUCCUCUAUCUCACCUUUACACACAAAGUAUGAAUUAUGUCAUACGAGGCCUUGAUCCAGAUCAACAUUAUGAAGCAAGAGUGCAAGCAAGAAAUAAGCAUGGUUGGAGCAAUAUAUCUGAUAGUUUUACUUUUAGUACUUCAUCAAAUGGUUCCGAAAUGAGAGGUCUUUCCGUGACAUUUUAUAGUGCAGCAACUUUACCAACAUAUUAUUCAACUUUAACUUUAUUUUCUUUUUUUUAUUAUCUUUUGAAUUUUCAUAAUGAAAACUUUGUAUCAUUUUUCUAUUGAACUGUAAUAACGUCU